AGCUGUUCCCGACAUCUUGAGCUCAUCAACGCCAUCAACUCUACCAUUCAAUCUGUCCUUUGUCUAAUAUUCUCUUCCUCUCUCUGUGAACUUCUUCCAUCUUCCGCUGUACAUCACUUCUCUUGCGUUGUCUUGUUUCAACUACCAGAGCAAUCAUGAUUGCCUCAAGAUUGUCCAGAGCUCUCCCACGCUCAUCUCCCAUCUCACGCAUCUCUCAGAUUCGAGCACCUCGCUCGUCAAUAAUCUCUCGAUAUGCCUCGACUGAUGCCCCCGAGGGCACUGAAAAGGUCAAGGGCCAAGUCAUUGGUAUCGAUCUGGGAACAACAAACUCGGCCGUCGCCGUUAUGGAAGGCAAGCAGCCUCGAAUAAUAGAGAACGCUGAAGGUACACGGACAACGCCAUCCGUGGUCGCUUUCUCCGAGAACGGCGAGCGUCUGGUCGGUAUCGCUGCAAAGCGACAAGCUGUUGUGAACCCUGAAAACACUUUGUUCGCCACGAAGCGUUUGAUCGGAAGAAAAUUCUCAGACCCCGAAUGUCAGCGUGACAUCAAGGAAGUUCCCUACAAGAUUGUACAGCACACCAACGGUGACGCCUGGCUCGAGGCUCGCGGUCAAAAGUACUCGCCUUCUCAAAUUGGUGGUAUGGUCCUGCAAAAGAUGAAGGAGACCGCCGAAGCCUACCUCGGCAAGCCUGUCAAGAAUGGUGUCGUCACAGUCCCUGCCUACUUCAACGACAUGCAGCGACAAGCUACCAAGGAUGCUGGUCAAAUCGCUGGUCUUAACGUUCUCCGUGUCGUCAACGAGCCUACCGCUGCUGCGCUUGCCUAUGGUCUCGAGAAGGAAGAGGACAAAAUCAUCGCAGUCUAUGAUCUUGGUGGUGGUACUUUCGAUAUCUCCAUUCUUGAGAUCCAGAAGGGCGUCUUCGAAGUCAAGUCUACUAAUGGUGAUACUCACUUGGGUGGUGAAGACUUCGAUAUUUCACUUGUGCGACACAUUGUUCAAGACUUCAAGAAGACCUCUGGCCUUGAUCUGUCCAAUGACCGCAUGGCCAUUCAGCGUAUCCGUGAGGCAGCUGAAAAGGCCAAGAUCGAACUCUCAUCUUCCCUGCAAACUGAAAUCAACCUGCCUUUCAUCACUGCCGAUGCCUCUGGUCCCAAGCAUAUCAACCUCAAGAUGACUCGUGCUCAGCUUGAAAAGUUGGUUGACCCUCUGAUCUCCAAGACUAUUGAACCUGUUCGCAAAGCUCUCAAGGACGCCAACCUCCAGGCUAAGGAAAUCCAAGAAGUUAUCCUCGUUGGUGGUAUGACUCGUAUGCCCAAGGUGGCCGAGUCCGUGAAGAGCAUCUUCGGUCGUGACCCUGCCAAGUCUGUGAACCCUGAUGAGGCUGUUGCCAUCGGUGCUGCCAUCCAGGGUGCUGUUUUGGCCGGUGAGGUCAUGGAUGUUCUGUUGCUCGAUGUUACUCCUCUCUCUCUCGGUAUCGAGACGCUCGGUGGUGUCUUCACCCGCCUGAUCAACCGAAACACCACAAUCCCCACCAAGAAGUCACAGAUCUUCUCCACUGCUGCGGAUUUCCAGACCGCUGUCGAGAUCAAGGUCUACCAGGGCGAGCGUGAACUCGUCCGAGACAACAAGCUCUUGGGUAACUUCCAACUGGUUGGCAUUCCUCCCGCCCACCGAGGUGUCCCUCAAAUUGAAGUCACCUUCGAUAUCGAUGCUGAUUCUAUUGUCCACGUUCACGCCAAGGACAAGUCCACUAACAAGGAUCAAUCCAUCACUAUUGCCUCCGGCUCUGGUCUCUCGGACUCUGAGAUCCAGAACAUGGUUGAUGAUGCGGAGAAGUAUGGCGCUCAAGAUAAGGAGCGCAAGUCUGCUAUUGAAGCUGCCAACCGUGCCGACAGUGUGUUGAACGACACCGAGAAGGCGCUCAAGGAGUUUGAAGACAAGCUCGACAAGGCCGAGGCCGACACCAUCCGUGAGAAGAUCGCCUCUCUCCGUGAAUACGUCACCCAGAACCAAGCCGGCGAGGGUACCGCCACCGCCGAGGAGAUGAAGGCCAAGAUUGACGAACUCCAAGCAUCCGCACUUACCUUGUUCGACAAGAUGCACAAGGCCCGCGAAGAGCAACAACAGCAACAGCAACAGACCCCUGGCGGUGACUCCCAACAGGGUGGAGAGCAAAAGCCUUAAAAAUGGGAAGUUGAACGGUGAACAAAAGCGACCUGUAUUUUAAUGAUAUCCCUGUACUCGACUUUUUAUUUGUUUCGGAUUGUGGCCAACCACUCAGCUUUUCUAGUGAUCAUGUAUGCAAGCAUUCUCAUGGUUGUCUUAUCGCACAGGGGGACAUAGCUGUGUAUUUGUUUGUUGGCUGGCGGUGGAGUGUAAAGGGGAAAUGGGAUCUACUGGAUCACGCGAUGAACCACUUUCAUGCCAUGAUAAGGCGAGCUGAUGGGCUGCAUUCAUGAAACAUGUACAUUGCUUUUUGCGACAUGCAUCGAAACAAUAUGUGUGUAGGAAAGCAAAAGAGGAAGAUUAUGUAAUAUGCCGGUUAGAAUCUGUGGACACACCAAGACCCUCUUAGGUUGGAACCAUUGAUGGGGCGGGACUAUUAUGGUGUGUCGCGUGUGUGAAUAGAAAAAAGAACAAUCUCCUCUCACAGAUUCUCCCAGUACCGUUAUCAGCGCGAGUAUAGUGCUUGUAUGCGUGAAAGAUUACCAUAGGCACGUACCUCGGGAACCAAAGUUACUGUACAAUGCGAGUCCGGGGCGCUUUCGGGAACGACGGCAGGGGCACAAGGUUGGGAUAGUGCAUAAAAGAUGGAUUGUGAGCAGUAUUCGGGAUCGAUUGUUGCUGUCACUACCCAGUAACAAUGAAUGUACCUCCGAGCAUUCCGUAUGCAAGUGGAGCUUUUGCAGGAUUAGAUGCUCUUCCGUCCACCGACUAAUGACGACCCAAAGGUCCAGCAGAAGCAAAUUUGAUUUCCCGGGUUGCGACGGGAGAGUGCAUGCAGAGGAAGCCCCCCAUUCGGUUUCGGAAGAAUGAACACAGUAGAACGGAGGACUGGCCCGAAGCCGGAUAGUACAGAAACGUCAAGGUCUGCUGGAUGAGUGAAUCACUGGAACGUCGAUGGUGGAUCAGGGGCUGACGACGAAAAGAGACAGCCAGCCACAGGUUUCAUUUUUGAAUGACGAGGUUAUCUCCUCUCUCUCUCUGUCGUCGGAGGAGGUUACCUAGGUAUCAGCAGGUGGUGGGAGGAAAAAUUCGAGGAACAAAGCAACAGAUUCUCCGUACGAGUGUUGUUAUUGCUCCGCAGUGAUGAUGGCACAGGUGCACAGAUAAAAGGGAAAAGAUACGGGAAGUAUUAGUCAAAAAAAAUCAUACGGAUAUGCAGUUGUACUCGCAAGGGGAUUGACCUCCCUAAAUAGUGAUAGGACACGGGUACGUACUGUGCUUAAGGUACCGAGCAAGGAACGUGCGAACAGAAAACUAGCUUCCCCCAGGACUUGCCAGCGGUUUCAAGGAUAUGCAAUUAUGUGCAGGGGUCUUUGAAUUUGUUUUUUCCUUCUCUCUUCUUCUUCUGGGAG